AUGCUUUCUUCACGCAAUGUUCGUGGAACUUCUUUGAAUGCUCUAGCUGGAUGGACACCAUUUGGUGGCCCUCUUUCACCCUCUCCCGCGGAUCCUUCCACUGCUCCUGCCGGAGGCAACACCAAUGGUUCUUCCAACGCAGUAACUUCUGCUGCUACCACUGGCAACAACAACAACAACAACAAUAAUUCUGAGGCCCAAACUACUCCAGACGUCAGUGAUGCGAAAAAUGGAGGAAUUCAUGUGACAGAGGUACAGCUAAGUCGUGCAAUGGGUACCCUCUUGCGUCUGAUUGCGGAUGUGAUGGCAGACCUUGUGAAUCAAGACGGAGAAAAUGCAGAAGAGGAGGGAGACGAUAUCGACAGUCAUCUUCGUCGGUCUGUCUCCGCCCCCGUCCUUCUUACUCCCCCUGUGGGAAUUCUAGUACCUCGUAAAUGGCGUGCUCUCACUCGUAAUAGAGGUGGUAUGGUCCAAACACCCACUGGAUGUAUUCUGACUCCCCUCCGUUCUCUUGUUGUUGCAAGGCCUGCUGAUAGUGUUGGUAGAGCUAUUAUCUGCGCUGGAAUGGGAUCUAUCCUCGAACCCAUCUGGGAUUGGAUCUCAGAAUGUCUGUGUGAUUUGGAAGUUCGUCUUCGGGCUCGGGCUACCUGGGAUGAACCACGUUCAGAUGUUUCCAGUGUAGAUUUUUGCGGAGAUCAUGGAAAAUCCAAGCCUCGCAAGGACAGUACCGCAACAGGAUCUCAUCAAAAUGUGCAGUCUUCUCAAAAUCAAGGAUCCACUGUGGGUGCGACAGAAGCCGCAAUCCUGAUUGGUCCAAAUGAAAGUGAUAGUGUCGUUGCUAUUGAAACCGCCACUGAAGGUGGCGGACCAAUCAAGGGAUCUGCAAAUCGUGCACAAACGUUGAGCUAUGUCAUUUCACUUAUGCGCUCACUGCACAAUGAGCAUGACUCGCAUGCUCCAGCUGUGGAUAUCUCCGCAUACAAGCAUUCAGCUUACCUUCUGGAUGCUUUUAUCUACUUCUUCAGGGUGUUUGAAGGCACAUGGCCUUCAGGACUUUCCCAUCAUCUUGUUCACCUUCGCGAAUCGCUCACAGAGCGUAUGCAACCGGACGAUGAGUUCGGCCAAUCGCAAUCACUUCUCUUUCAAGGUCACCCAUUGACUCAACGCACCCAUUCCUUCUUCCGUCGGUCUAUGAGCACUCUCUGUAUAAAUGCACCUCCGGUCGACGCCAUUCUCAAUCCAGCUGCCGAAUCUCUGCCCCUUGCUGUUAUGCCGCAAGUUCUAGAGCCUGAGACUGAGCGCAGCACUUAUUUUUCUGUCGACAAGACUGAUAAACUCUCCUUGGAUUUCUCAAAGCUUGAAGGAGAGGAACCUAGGCACCAAAAUUGCUCCCGAAUUGGAAACAAUGCCGAUUUUGAACAAAGAAUUACCUGUGGGGGAGAAUUUUUGGACUCUGUGUGCCAUAGUGGAUCCACGAUGCUGCGUUGGAGUCGCAGUUUGGAUGCCUUUGCCAACGCCUUCUCAAAUGACAUUUCUAUUGAACCACGAAGUUAUAUGGUUGAACGGUUGUCUUUCACUACUAAAGAGGCCCGGUUCCGCAAGGACAUGGAAAGACUCCGAUUAUGCACCAAAUAUGACUUAUCCCUAGAAAUUGAUCGUGACCCAUCAGCUCUAAUUCUAAAUACUGCAACUCAACUUAAUAAUGAACUCUCAAGUCGUUUGGCCCAGUCCGCUGUCUAUGGCAACAGUUUUCUUAUGCGUGAUUCAGCCAGUGUAGCAGACCUUCUUCGUUUCCAUCAUGAGACUGCUACAAUUGCUUCUGGUACAAUCAAUUCACAGGUGCCCUCCAACCUUCUUAAUUUACCCUCCUCAUCCUCUGGCAUUCCAAUUCUUCUCUCUCGUCGAGUGAAAGUAGUUUUCCGGGGAGAACCUGGUGAAGGGUCAGGUGUUACCCGCUCCUUCAUCUCUUCCUUCGCUGAAGCUGUCACCGCCGACGCCCGUCUCCCGGACCUGUCCCUCCUCUAUCCUAGUACCAUUAGCAGAUACGCUCAUCAAGCUCCAAUUUGUAUACUUCUUCCUUUAUUUCAUGCCAUCACACCCUCAGAAGCCCUUAUUAAUGCUCGCGCGGCUACUCAAACUUCCCUGAUGGCUGCUACAUCUCGACUUUUUAAUCGUCUUAGACUCCCUCUCUCAUCUAAUUCUAAUUCUACCGCCUUCGCUUCUUCCACAGCAAACAACGCGGCCACGGCCAUGACAACUACGACUGGGAGUGGUUCCAACAUCACGCAGGCAACUAACACGUCCUCUUCGUCUGCAGCUACAGUAAGCAGGUCGCGUCGUUCUGAGGUUCAGGCUGCUAGAAAUCACCUACGACCCCCCUACACCUCUUCUAUAUCCAUUAACCUUGCAACACCAAGGAAUACUCAAUCCGAAGAGCUGACUGAAUCGAACAUUUCCUCUGAACCGACUGCAAUAUCUAUACCGGUAGCCACGACAGAAACGGUCGAAACCACAACAGCUCCCUCUGCUACUGGAGUAAGUCCACUUGAUGGCCCCGAGCGAGAUCCUCUACUCUGGCAACCAGGUCACAGUGGCUUCUUCUCUCCUCGUGGAAUUCCUAACAAUCUCCCUUCCGACUCUCCUGCUUUUCGUGCUAGGAUGGAUCUCUAUCGGUGUAUUGGACGAGUGGUAGCCCUGUCUCUUCUUCACUCUGAAAUCUGCCCAAUUAGUUUCAAUCGCCAUGUCUUGAAGUAUAUACUUGGUCGCCCUCUGUGUUGGCAUGAUUUUGCUUUCUAUAACGUCGAUCUUUUCGAGGGCCUUCGUCAAGUCCUCUUGCCCGUAGUUCGUGGAGAGAAUGCUGAUAUUGUUUCUGACUUUUGUCUGAAUUUCUCAUUGGCCCUUGCGCCUGAAGAAGGUGGAAAUGUGACGAACUCAGCUCUUCAUUUGCAUCAGCUUGUGACUGGAGGUGAUGGCAUUGAUGUCAACGCGGAAAAGGUCUUUGAAUAUGUAAAACGCUAUGCUGAAUUCAAGAUGCUUGAUGUUGCAAAGGAUGCUCUUGAGCAAAUCCGUUUGGGUGUGUUUGACGUCUUACCAGCCAAUGCUCUUGACGGUCUUACUCCCGAAGACCUACGUCUGCUUCUCAACGGAAUUACUGACAUUGACGUUGAUAUGCUGAGCGGUUAUACAACCUUUAUUGACGAGUCUAAUUGCGGUGCCGCCUUGACAACUGAAGGUGGUGGCCAACAAGGUGGUGGUGGCAGUGAUAGUGGUACUGACUAUGGUGGUGCAACUCCCAACAUUUCCAAUCCCGCCAAAGAUCGGAUUGAGCGUCUGAAGAGGUGGUUCUGGCAUGUGGUGAGGGGAAUGAAUCCACGUCAACGGCAAGAUUUGCCUCUUAAAAUUGUGCAUAUAUUUCAUGGGCGUAUUAAUUUUUUUCCUCAGCUCUACUUCUGGACGUCUUCUCCAGCUCUUCCACCGAGUGCUUUGGGUUUUGAGCCCUCUCCGACUAUCGUGAUUCGUCCAGCUGAUGAUCAACACUUGCCAACCGCGAACACGUGCAUCUCCCGACUCUACCUGCCUCUCUACUCCUCUCGACAAAUUCUGCGCGAGAAACUCCUCUCUGCCAUUGAAACCCGUUCUUUUGGCUUCGUGUAG